UUUCGCUAGUAAUUUAGAUUUGCAUUUUGUUCUUUUUCUUCAUUGUUGCGCAUUAGUGUAUUGCAAAUUCACAUACGUAAAUAUAACAAAAUAGAAAUAUAAUGGCGACUUUGGAAAUACCAAAAAAAACAAAGAAAUCCAAACCGAAACAGAAACCGGAAGUAUCYAGAAACACCUUAGCUGCGGCCGAGCAGCAGUCAAAAGAUAUAAAUGAGACUACAACUAAAAGCGAUUUGCCAAUUGAGGAUAUAAAAUCUGUGGACUUUGAUCAGUUUGCAACUACCAGCACACGCGACAUCAUAAGCCAAGAAUGUGGCAUAGCUUCUGAAUAUGUGGAACCGGUUGAAAAUAUGCCAACAUCCGGCACCUUAUUGGCGGAACAGAUUUCCUCAGCAGAAGAGCUUGCUCAUGAGGAUGCGGUCAAAGAAGACGAAAAUGUUACACCAUCUUCCACAGAUUUGAAAAUAACACCAACAGCACCUAUUGAUUAUGUUCCACAGACUUUACCAACUCCAAUUGCGCCCAUAGAAACGAUACCGGUUUUGCAAUAUCCUAAUCUUACACCCCUGCAGCAUGUGGAAACAAAAUCAAAUGUGGUGUAUAAACCAACAAAAGCAACUUCGCCUAAAUAUUCCUUCACCAACAGUCAAUUGCUGCCAUUAACGUUGGAGCAACGAAGGCAACUUUACCAUUGCCCAGAUUUAGACUUAGUGCAGCAAUUCGAAUUAGAUUUUUUAAUGAACUCCUUGUUGGAAACUUAUGAAAAUGAUCCGCUUUAUGCAGCGCUGCUUGAAUAUUAUAAUUUACAAAGUAAACUCUCUGUUAAUAUGUAUGACGUAGAYAAAGCAAGAAAAUUAGUCACAAAUGCACAGAAAAACAUUUGGACGGAGGUACCAGUCACAAAGACUUUUUCGGCGUCCUGUGGCGAUAGAGUGGUAGUAAAAGAAACUGUUACAUACAAUGUUGCUCAAGUAGAUGGAAAGAACCUAGAGAAUACUUCAGCCGCAUUGAAUAAUCUCUAUGAAUUAGUAUGCAACACACAUACCACAAAUUUAAUAACAGCAAAAGUAACCAAAGUGAAGAUAGAUCAAAUGAUUGACGACAUAAUUUCACCCAACUGCCUAGCAAAGCUGGCGCAGAAGGAAAGAAUUACUUUAGAAAAGCAGCUCGAUCCUUCAGUAAUUCCAUAUGUGGCACAUUUGCGACGCUCCAUAUCAAUUUUAUUUAAUUUCGUCCGAAAAUUGAGCCCAAAUAAGGACUUUUCUAACGAUCUAAAAAUGUGGGUUCGCAAAUUGGUUUCAUUACAUCUGCUCGUUGCGACUAAAGAAGAUCACUGGUUUCUACUAUUCAACAUACUGCGCUGUCCCAGUGGUGUGGGUGAUUGGGCAACUGAGCUGCUUCAAAUUCCAUUUGGCGGCAGCACAUCAAACGAWGCUACGACCGGCGCUUGUAAUAGUGAAAUGCCACUAAAUAUAAAUUCACCGGAAAUGAGUAAUUGUAUAGCGACAUUGCAGAUAUUGCUUUUGCCCAUAAAAAAACGCAACGAAUACCUGAAAGAUUUUGAAAAAUCUCACAAGGAAAUAUCAGAUCCUGCGCGUGAUGAACGCUGGAUUCUCAUUGAUUCCGAUGGUGAAGACAGUCACAAUGCAAAUGGUGAAUGUGUGGGUUUGAAGGAGAGCGAUUUGAUUGCCUUUCUCAAUCAAAUACCUUUUGGAAGAGUCUUCAUUUCUGCUUUGAAUAUUGAACAAUUUCUAAACGACUAUGUAGUUUCACCAGAUCUCAUAUUGGCCAAUGAUGUGCUUCGUGUGAUCACAUAUUUUUCGAAUUUGAUAGAAAUUUUCGGUGAAGGCAUGUUGACAUACAACACAGAGCGUUACAAACAGCUAGCAAAGCGGCUGGGCCGGCUUAUACGCCACACACUACAAUAUAGUAGUGAUUAUUACGAACUAUUCAUGCACAACGCUAUCCCCAAGGAUAUAAAAACAUGUGAGCGCAUAUCCGUGGAACUAAACACGCUGUUAUUCAAGGCAUGCAGCUAUAUUUAUCGUUCACGAAAUUUGAGUACAUGGCAAUACUUUUCAUCACUGCCCUUCCAUUCACUUGACAAUGAAAUUACGUGGCAAAUAUUUUAUUACUUAAAUAUCGGUUUUCCAACGGAAAUGCCAACAGUUCAAAUAGAUUAUAGUGAGCUCAUUAACACGCCAGAGUUCUGGAAGAAAUUCAAUGUUGCUAAUGCAGAUUCAUCCGCUGAAGACUUAUACUAUCUGUUACAGGCCUUCUUCGAAAUUGCCAAUGAACGCGACAGAGCCAAAGAUUGGGAGUUAAUAAAAACAAUUUGUCUGCACAUCUUCAAUAUCGGCUAUGUGAACGUGAACACACGCGACAUUUGCUACAAAACAUCACGGGACAUGCUUGUAAACUUAACACUCUCCUAUGAAGAUCUCAUCACUUGCUUAUUAUUGCAACUUAAAGUACACUUUAAUGAAAUCGAAAAUGGCAUCUAUCUUAUAAAGUCAUUACCAUUAGAGAACUGGAAACCUGGCAUGGACAGUUUUGAAAUUCUAUCCAAUUGGCUCCUCCAUUUUGACUAUGCAUCGCAAGAGAAUAUGCUUGCUCGCAUUGUAAUCAGUCACUUGAAUUGGAGUUUCGAUUAUGAUGGACGUCUCUUUUUACCGCAUAAUAUACAUAUCCGCAUGGCGUGUUUGGUAUCCGAAGCGCUGAACAAGCAUGCACCCGAAGUUAUUGGUUUAUCUGGCAUUUCCGAGAGUGUGCGGCAAGUUUCAAAUCUUAUUGACUUAUCAAUAUCCUCAAAGGAGCAAUUCUCUUCCUGGUGUUGGACGAUGAUAUCGCUAUUGCGUCUGCAUUUGCUGGAUCAAGGUACUGAGUCGAUAAARCGUACGUUGCGCAACCCCACUGAACCGCUAAUGUUUGUGCCUGAACUGGAGCAUAUCGAGAUGAUUUAUCAGGGCGUUACCGAAAAUCGGCCACUCUCCGUUUAUGUCGCUGUAUUGGUUAGCCUGCAUGGACAUACAAUACCGCUGAUUUGCCAGAAGGGACUCGAGCUAAUGAAGCUGCUUUUAAACGACUAUCGGCAUGCAGCUGUUAUACGUUGCUUGGAAUUGAUAGUGCCUCUAUUUUUGGAGACACCCGAAACAUUAGCCAAUUGUGAAAAUUUUCAUGCAAUAUUAAAUACUUUACUGAGCGCUGAUCGCACUUAUUUGAAAAUGGCAAAAGACAUGAUCUAUCCCAACUCGAUUGGUCCGGUACUGCAGUUGCUCGAUAAUAUGAUUCAUCACCAAAUUACAAGUUACACUGAUUACGGUCUGUCUACGCCACUGAAUUUAAUAAAUGCCUGGUUGAAUUUGCUUACCGCGCUCCCCAAUUGGCAAAAUACAAAUGUUGUCUAUCUGCUGGACAUGAUCCUAAGAAUUGCCUAUCAGUUCUCGGAUGCACGCUAUCAAGCAGUGGAGUUCUUUCACAACUACUUCAAGGGCUGUGACGAAUGGAAGGGUGCUAGCAAAAUGUCCACGCUAAAAACGCUAUUCGGUUCUGUGCAAUUGCGCAUACCAACAAUUUCGCCGCUUUAUGGUUGGUUGGCGCUGGUGCUGCUGGAGAUCGAGUUUAAAACGCAGGAAGCUUUUUUUUGGCCAGAAUUUCUACGCCAGUUAGCUGUGGCCAAUGGUAGAAACUCCCUGGAGGCGGCAUUGAAGAAAACAUUUGCGGCUUUCAAGUUGUCGAACACAUUUCCACCGCAGUUGCUUGUGAUCUAUAAAUAUGCGAAUGUGAUCGCAGGCAUGGAUAUCGGUCACCCUGUAUUUCCGAUUAUGUGUCAGAAAUUUUUCGAAUUAUAUUUGAGUAGAGUGCCUUUGGAGUGCGAUGAGUACAGUUUCGGAGGUGUUUACGGAGUUUCGGAUAAAUUUUACGAAUUCAAUGGGCCUUUGAUGAAAAAAAUUAGCACUAACUUGAAGGCAGCUGACGUUUUCUACGCAAAUGAAGCCACUAAGCGCGCAACGGAAGAAAGUUUAAGCAUAUUCUACAAUGAUUGUUCAAAAAUUAUGAAGUCUUAUGUGCUAUGGUUGCAAGAAACCGUUAUAAAUCAACAUUGCAAAGACGAUUGUAAUUUUCCACCACAAUAUAAUAACGAAAAGUUGCGCGAAAUCUUGMAUGGCAACACUUCACAUUGGACGGAAUUUCUCUAUUUGCCCGAUAUACGUAAAUUACAAAAGCACCAAGCACAACAGUGGGCACAAAAAUGUCUGCGYUCCAAAGCAAUGAAACAGUUGCGCACGCCUUUGCCACCCAAAACRCACAUUGAACCAGCCACACGCAUCAAACAACAGUUAUCAUCCUACGAUAAGGUUUUGGAAGCGCCUAAAUAUACGAAACCCGUCAUUAGUACAACAAAUGAAAUUACAAAUCAAACUUUAACGGAACUCCAAGCUAAGCUGAAAACGCUGAACAGCAUGGCAACUAAAUUCCACUACGACACCAGUGAAUUGAAUUCYCUAAAUCGCAACUAUUUGGAGCAGGUUACCAAGCUAUACAAAAUGAUGCCUUACGAGGAAGUAAAAAUUCGAAGCUGCAAUUCAUUGCUCUUCAAUCGGCAGUGCAGCAAUCCAGCGCGCAUCACCGCCAAACURGAACAGAUACGCAUAGACAGCGGGGUAGAGGGAACGAUAAAUAAAUAUAAGGAACGUCAUGACAAGAUUAUAAAUGGCAUGCUUAAGCUGAAUGUGGAAGAGUUUGCGCGUUGUGUGGAACAGYUGAGCGGCAUUAUGCGCUUACUCAUUGCUAACAAUUCGGUGCAGAAAGCCACUGUUGUCACCAAUACUGGCAUAUAUUUCUUCUAUACCGUUGUAGAAAAUCUGACAGAUGUUACAAUGAAAUUCCAGCCAACUAAUGACUUAUACAGUCAGCUUUUAUAUGAGCUUAAUAUAUUUCUGCAUGAGCAUCAAGAGAAUCAAGGCCUUAACAUUUUGCAACUAGCACUAAAGCGUGUUGAUCUAAUAAAGCAGCUGGCAGCUGCAUUUGUGCCAUACCGCACGCCGCCACAAGACUUUUUAAAAAUGUACCAAUUCCUGGUGGAGUCAUACUUGAAACGCWGUGAUACAAAAAUUCUUUUUGUACUCUUAUCAAAAUUUGAUUUGGUAACCUGGCUUGAAAGCUUCCAACCGAAGCUUAGCGAUAUAAACCAGUUGUUGCAGCUGAUACUGCAAGGGCUGGAAUGUUGGUCCCAACCCGAUUCCUCCCUCCUUCAGGAUCAAUUCCGUCGUCAUUUGAUACACGUCUUCGAGUAUGAUUACCCACAACAUUAUGGCGAAGUUUUGCAAAUGGUUUUGGAUCGCAUAUCGGAGCAAAARUUAAUGCCAGUUGUGUUGUUGGAUUUAUUAAACUCACUGUUAGCGCGCUUCAAGAGUAAAGCUAUGUCUCUGGAGGCGAAAAUCGAUGAAGUCGUUGAAAUUUCAAUAGAUUUUGCGCGUCGUCAAAAUCUUUUCAAUCUGAAAGGCGCAACAGACACGGUACUGUUAUUUGCGCGCCACUUCCAGAAGGAGCGUUUGCAUCACGGCCUGCACGGUUUAUAUCCCAAACAUAAAGACUACUGCAAUCCAUUGGCAAUGUGGUUUUCAUGCAUGGGUCAUGUUGUUGUGGUUACAGCCAUUAGCACUUUUCAGGAUAUGCUGGCGGAUCAAAUUAGCGAUGUCGUUUUCGGCUCAAUUAUUCAACUCUAUUCACCGUGGUUGGUGCCAUACACCGAAGAGACGCUGCAAAAUUCGACAGCGAAUUGGAUACGUCAGCUGACAGUCAAAGAAAAAAUAUUGUUGCCUUGGAGUGAACAGCAUGCGAACAAAAGUAAAAUUAUGAUCAAAUCGUUGGUAGAUAUUUUAAGCAUCGUGUUGGAUAAUCUACCAGCUUCACACGUGACACUCUCGCAUAUGUUCAGCUGGUAUGUGCAUCAUUUCGCCAUUCCGAAACUGGAUUUUUAUAUUUACACAAAUAUACACGAGGGUAUGGGCGCAUUGCCCUGGGAACGAUUUAAACCACAGCCAGCGCAAAUAGAUUUGUUCCAUGAAAAUCUACAAAAAUUUAUCCCCUCCGCACACGCCAUGAUGGGACACAUAUUUAUACGCAUCAAUUGGAUUGCGUGGUUCGAGGAAACAUAUCCAACGAUACCAAGUAAUAUGCGAACUGAAGUCAUUUCACGACUGUUUACGGUGUUCGUGAAAAUUUCCUUCGAACCAAACAUACACAUAAAUAUAAAUACAAGUAAAAUAUUAGAGGAUGCCAUCAAGUUUCCUUGGUAUAUGGUGAGCUACACAACGCUGGAGAGCCUUUUUAAAUGGUUUGUUACCACAAUAGAUUACCCCAUCAUACUGCAAAUGCCGACGGAAACGAACUAUGCCGACAGAGCCGUGUUGGACUUACUGCGUCUUAGCUGUGCCUUGAUGCCUGAGCAGGCCACAUCCUGGGAAGCUAUAAUGCAGCCCAUACAUUAUGCUACGGCAAAGCGCAUACUCUACACACGUAAUUACAUUGUUUUGUUAUGUCUAACAGUAACGAAAAAUCCGAAGCUCAUGAACACAAAAGAAGGCAUGAAUGCAUUAAACGCAGCCUUCACSAAACUUCUCAACACGCUUGAUAGAGCUGUGCGUGCGACUGUUGGCAGCAAAACCAUCGACGAACAAAAACGCGAGGCCUUAAAUCUUAUGGUGGAAAUAAUGGUGCCUAUGCAAACACAACGGUUGGAGACAUCAAACCAAUUAGUGGACACACUGAUCCAAUGGCAAGCGCAAUGCGAAUCUGGCAAUUUUCUACUUUGUAGCACAUUGAACGCUAUUGGUCAUAUGAAAACCUUUGUGACUGGCACUUAUCCACUUUUGGAAUCCACCAUUGCGCAUUACUUCCGUACAACAGCAGAGUCACAAGAUUGGCACAAACCCAACUGGAAAGCGUUGCGCCAGAUAUUGGAACCGUCCUUCAGUAAAAUGGACUUGAUGCCUAUCUUGCGUGGUCCAUUCUUUUUAACGCUUCACAUGUUCUUCAUACAUAAAAUGGAACAGAUUACAAAUAUCGGUGAUAAAAUUACCUUCCUGCAGGAUGUGUGCCAGCUAGUGGAGGGCUGUAAAACGAACCCAUACACAGAGCCACGUUUAGCGUUGGUUUGGUGUGCGAUCAUUUCACGUGGCUGCCAGAUACUUURUGAGACACAAAAUGUAAAGAAAGUAUUAUUUAUGUUCGCCUCCUAUAUGUGCCUGACAUCUACACAAUCCGAGGGGUGGGGUGACACGCUGUUGGGCGCUAUUGGUCUGAAAACUGACGUUGUGACAAAUAAGCGCAAAGCACUGUCACGUUGCUUAGCCUGCGUUCUGUAUUCCUUAUUUCCAGAUACGAGUUCCACUGGCCCAUAUCCAAGUUCCGAAUUCGAGCUGUCGUUACAUGAAUUAACGGUGCUAUUGGCUAACAAGAAAUUCGCAGACAUAAAACAGCAAAUUAUAGCGGCCAUCGGCGUUAUCAAAGAAGAGAGUACACCCGCCUUACGGGAUGUACCGCAAUUAGUUUUCCGCCUCAUCGGUAUAUUUUAUAACAGUGUUUUUUUUCCAACUGUUCCUGAACUAUGGGAUUUUGAGUCUAGGCUUACCUAAAUCCUUCAAGAAAGAUUUAGUUAUUAAUAUUUCGUGAUUUGCGCCAACAUAAAUAUUUACAUAUAUGCAUACAUACGUAUUUUUAUACAUCAUAUUCUUAUUUUAAUUGCUAGAACAUAGUCUUAAACAAAG